AGUCCGGCAACGUUGCGAAAUGCACCACAGAAGUAGCGACGUUUGGAUUUAGUUAUUUUAUCAUUUGAAAAAAAAAUUAAUAAUAAUAGAUAAUUUCUUUGUAAAACUAACUAAUUAUGAGUUAUCGUGGUAUUCCAGCCGGAUAUGAAGAUGACGAAGACUGGUGUCUCUCCGAUAUGGUCCAAAAAAUCACGGUUGUGCCAGACAUCACUACGGCCGCUGGCCUGAAUAACGAAAAUUUCGAUCGCAAUCUCAGCACCGACGUCAACAACUGGUUUGAGAGUUACAAAGAGCAAUGGAAUUCUUAUAAACGCACGCCGGCUGCACAGCACAAUCUCAAAGUGAUGCUUAUGAGAGAUCCAGAUCCGCUACUACUUGCCUUAAAAUUAUUUGCCAAUUGUCCCGGAUGUAACAACUUAAAAAACAAGAAUCUGGCGUUAUUUAUACUGGAAACCAUAUGUGAUCUUCAUACGCAACAUCCAGAGAUAUCUGCAAAUUGUUCUGACAACACGCGCAUGGUGGCUUUCAAUUUUGUAAAGACUUGCGGUAUGGUGCCGCUUUAUAAGGCUGUGAUGUCUACCUAUGAGCUGAAAAAAAUAUGUGAACGGCUGGUGCCUAAAAUAAAAGAGCUAAUAACGCAGGGUCACUUUAAGGAUGCUGCGCAUUGGACGAUAAAUUUGCAAAUUACUCAUCUUUUCAGCAUUUUUGAUAUUAUAUUUCCAUUAAUUUUGCAAGAUAAGGCUUCAUUGGCAGAGGAGUAUCUUAAUGUUGCCAAAGAUUUGCAAUUGCCGACAGUGCAAUUUCUAGAUUCCCUAUUGGAUAAACAAAAGACUGUAUUAGAACAUUGUGAUGAAAUAUUAAUGAAAUAUGAGUACAAAGAUGUCAAGCAUAAUGUCUUAAGCUAUCGUCCGAUGUCUAAGUUAGUGACACGCUUGGCAAAGAAAUAUAAGAUUGAAACGCAUCUUACACCGAAUCUCAAUUUUACAAAAGCUUGUUCUUACAUGCAUUAUUUGUGGCAUAAAUAUCAAGAUGGUGGAAUGAGUUGUGAUGCUUGGCGUGAAUUGGUACGCGAUGCUGCCAGUACGAGACUAUUACAAAUGGAUUUGGUGACAAAUGUGGCCAGCUAUGGAGAUUAUGAAGAAGCACAAUAUUGGUUAAAUUAUUUUAAUAUUCCAUUGGAGGAUUUACCAAGCGAUAUGCGCAAAAAUUUUCAAUGGCAUAUAACCGCUGAAAAAACUGAAGACGAUAAAGUUCUGCUAAAUACAAGCAAUGAAUCUACAAAUUCAACGAAUAGUGGCGGUGCAAUAAACAAAUCAAAACGUUCAAAUUCGGCAACAAAUAAUCUAUAUUUAACUUUAAAUCUACCCAUAGAAAGUGUUAUCAUAAUCGAUAAUGGAGCGAAAUUUCUUGAAAUGCUCGAUUAUCUGGAAAGUCAAUUGCUUAUUGCAUUUGAUUCCGAAUGGAAACCAACCGUUUGUAAUGAAAAUGUUAUAUCACUCCUACAAAUGGCUACAAUGGAUAGAGUUUAUCUAUUAGACUGUCUUUCUACACAACUUAAUGACGAAUUAUGGUUGCAGCUCGGACGCAGAGUUUUCAACAAUUUGGAGAUAUUGAAAAUUGGUUUCUCUUUACAUCAAGACUUGCGUAUGCUGCACAAAUCAUUACCCUUGCAAUUGAAUUUGAAUACGAAAACAUGUUAUUUGGAUUUGCGUGAAAUGUGGCGACGUUUGAAAUAUUUACAAAUUGUCAAAUUCCCUUACGACAGUGGUUUCAACACCGGCGAUAGCUUGUGUGCAUUGACGGAAAUAUGUUUGGGGAAGAAAUUAGAUAAAUCAAAUCAAUGUUCGAAUUGGGCUAAUCGACCACUGAGGCACGACCAAAUUGUAUAUGCAGCACUUGAUGCACAUUGCUUACUACAAGUUUACCAAGUACUCUCGGAAAUGCUGCUACGUCUUGGUUUGGAUGUUGACCAGGUUGUUGAUGAGGUGACGACCGGCAAGACUGGCUAUUUAUUCCGUAUGAAACGCGUUAUAUCGGAACAAAACGACGGUUGCAGUACCGUUUUCUCUCCAAAAACCAAUUUACCAAAAGUAAAAGCAGUAAAUGCACAAAUUGAAAAUAAUUGUACAAUCAAUGUGAAAUUCAUCGCUGACAGCAUGCUGUAUGGCCUGUCGAAGGAGCUGCGUAAAUUGGGUAUUGAUUGCUUGGAGAUAAUCAGAGACAACUUGGGUCCGUACAUUGAUAUAGCCAAGCGGGAAAAUCGUUAUAUUCUCACGCGAGACUCACGUUAUAAUCUAUUCACCGAAAUGUUGCCACGUGCGCAAUGCCUACAAAUUCCUAAUGAUUCCAGCGUAGAGCAAGUAUUAAAUAUACUUAGACUGUUGGAUAUUAAAAUCUACGAUUGUAAUCUGUUUACACGCUGCCUAAAUUGUAAUAGCAAUGAGUUCAUAUUGGCACUGAGGCAUGAAAUACAAAUGAUGCGUUAUGGGCAAGCUUUAGACGAGGCCAAAAAUGCAUGUGAACGCAAUGUAUGGCCAUAUGAAAAAACAUUUCAAUUAUUGAACGCCAAUAAAGACAUAUUGAAAUCAAAAGCUACUUAUCGCGGCAGACCUAUCAAGUUGAACCGCAUUAAGUCGCACAUUUUACGUUCUAAAGAACACUUUUACAUAUGUGAUAACUGUGGUAUUUGUACAUGGGAUGGUGCCCAUUCUAUACAUGGAAGCGUAAUGGAAGUGAUACUUUUUAAUAACUCCGAAACUGCUAGUGCUGCUGGAUUUUAAAUCUAUUCUGCAUAUACAUACACACAUACAUACAUACAUACAUACAUGCAUACAUAUAUGCAUACAUAUAUUGUAUCUAUGUACAACACAAAUCAUUGCGACUGAAAUUUUUUGCAUUGAGUGGUAAUAAGUUAACAAUAUCAAGCAUAUACAUACAUAUAUACAUAUAUAUUUUUUUCAGACUUAUGUAUGUACAUAUAAGCAUUUGUUUAUAUAGUUCCAUAUGUGGACAUUUUGUAUUUUUGGACUUGAAGAAAUUAUAAUUUUUUCCUUAUUUUUAUGUUUUAAAA